AUGUCAAAUGAAGCCUCAGCAUCAUCUCAAAAUGUGAAAAUACUACAUGACCAAGUGAUUCGGCCAACAGCAAAUUAUCACCCAGCUAUUUGGGGCGAUCAAUUCCUCCAUUACACUAUUUCAGAACAAGAAUUGGAGUACAAACAGAAGCGAGUUGAGGAAUUAAAAGAAUUGGUCAAGAAAGAAAUAUUCAUAGAAUCUACACAUGAUGGGACUUUGACUCAGCUGAAGUUAAUUGAUGAUAUUCAACGAUUGGGAUUAUCAUAUCAUUUUGAAUGUGAAAUCGAACAAGAGAUAGAACAUGUUUACAGAUGUAGCAUUGAUCAAAACAACAAAGAGGAAGAUCUAUAUGAUGCUUCUAUUCGGUUUAGACUUCUAAGACAACAUGGAUAUAAGGUUUCAUCUAAUAUAUUUGAAAAAUUCAAAAAUGAGGAUGGUACCUUUGAGAGCUUGGUAACAGACAUUCCGGGUAUGCUUAGCUUAUACGAAGCCUCAUAUUUGAGCUUUGUUGGAGAAAAUAUACUAGAUGAAGCACUUGCUUUCACCACCAAGCAGCUUGAGUUGCUUGUGGCAAAUAAAAAAACACACCCAUUAUCAGAUGAAAUAUCCCUAGCCUUAAAAAGGCCUAUCAGAAAGACUCUAGAGAGGCUCGAUACUAGGCAUUACAUUUCAAUCUUCGAAAAUAAUGAGGCUUCUCAUCGUAACAAAGUAUUGCUAGAACUUGCCAAGUUAGAUUUUAAUCUACUACAAUCUAUGCACAGAACAGAGCUUAGUAAAAUUGUCAGGUGGUGGAAAGAACUAGACAUUGCACACAAACUACCUUUCGCAAGAGAUAGGAUUGUGGAACUGUAUUUUUGGAUAUUAGGAGUUUAUUAUGAACCUCAGUAUUCUCUUGCUAGAAAUAUUGCAAUCAAAACCAUUGCGUUGACCUCAAUCGCUGAUGAUAUAUAUGAUGCACAUGGCACAUUUGAUGAACUUAAGCUCCUUACUGAAGCAAUUGAUAGGUGGGACAUCAAAUUUAUGGAUAAUCAACUUAUUAUUCCAGAAUAUUUGCAGACAUUUUAUAAGCUACUUUUGAAUUGUUAUGAAGAAUUCAAUAAAGCACUGGAAAAGGAAGAAAGUUUUAAAGUUCAUUGCGGAAAAGAAGAGUUCAAAAGAUUACUUCGAGCUUAUUUCCAUGAAGCUCAAUGGUUGAACCAAGGAUACAUUCCUAGUUUUGAUGAGCACGUCAAAGUUUCUUUGAUUUUUUCUGGUUACUCCAUGGUGUUUGCCAACUGUUUAAUUGGAAUGAAAGAUAUUGUAACAAAUGAAGUUAUUGAGUGGCUCUCCAAAGACCCCAAGAUUAUUAAAGCUUCUUCUAUCAUUUGUAGGUUCAUGAAUGACAUAGUUUCCCACAAGUUUGAGCAAGAGAGAGGUCACUCACCAUCUACGGUUGAAUGCUACAUGAAGCAAUAUGGGGUUUCCGAACAAGAGGCAUAUGAUGAACUCAAUAACCAAGUGGAUAAUGCAUGGAAAGAAAUAAAUGAAGAGUUUAUUAGGCCAACUGAUGUGCCUUUGCCUAUCUUAGUUCGUGCUCUUAAUUUAUCAAGGGUAAUUGAUCUUCUCUACAAAGAUGGGGAUGGCUAUACUCAUGUUGGAAAAGUGACCAAAGAUAGUGUUGCUGCAUUGCUAAUAGAUCCAAUCCCAUUAUAA